AUGGGAUAAGGAUAAGGGUAAAUUGGAUAAGGAUAAGGGUAAAUGUAAAUGGGAUAAGCCAAGGAUAAGGAUAGUAAGGAUAAGGAUAACAAGGAUAAGGACAAGGAUAAUAAGGAUAGCAAGGAUAAGGACAAGGAUAAGGAUAGUAAGGAUAAGGUCAAGGCUAAGGUUAGGGCCAAGGUCAAGGAUAAAAACCGUAAGGACCUCCUCCUUAAUCAAAAGGAUAAUGGAAUCAAGAUUCAGAAUAAUAAGAAUAAUGUGUAAUUGUAAAAGCGCAGUAUAAUUAGCCAGAAAUAUUAGUGCUAUUGUAAAUAAUGA